GUAUGAUUAGAUCUUUUAAGUAAUAUACCUAGGAGACUAGUAAACGAUUGUUAAGUCCUUUAUAAAGUAGUCAUUUUGGAUAUAGUCCUGAACCAAAUCUAAUAUCAAAGCCUUAAACACAUUUAGCUAGGAAAUCAAGUCUUAUAGAUUUGAGAUAGUUUGAGGAGAGAAAAUUUCAACUGCCUAAAUAAAAGGAGAAUAAUAUAAUUAGGAAACCUGUUACAUCUGAUCCAAUGUCUAGUAAAAAGAUAUUGUAGAUAGUAAAAGAGGCUCAAUAACAAUUAUAUUCAUCUCAAUAACCAAGAACAUAAUAAUAAGUUUAAUAACAAAAACAAAUCAGAGCUAUAACUUUAGAGAAUUAAAUUGAGGGAUUAAAUUUUACUUUUGCUUAAAAUUUCUCGAAUAAGAAAGAAAUCAUGAAGGAAUUUUCGGCACACUGUUUAAAAAAGAAGUUCUUUGCUUGA